AAUAUUAUAUCCACCGAACGAAAUUGUUAAAGCUGGAGAAAGGGGGGACGGGGUCGGGUGACAGCCACGGGAAUUUUAUAUGGUGGUUAAAAAAUAUUGGAUCGAGCAAUCGAUUGCUGGCUUCACAGUCGAGAAAAGACCGGGUUUUGCUCUCGUUUUCCUUCUGUUUAAUCCAUUUUUCCUACUAUUUUUUCUGAUCCUUUGUUUUUGAUGUCCUGAGACCACCAGAUCUUUCAAUUUGUCUUUUUUUCCUCAGAUUUGGGAGUGAUUCUUGUUUAUUUGUUUUUAAAAAAAAAUCAAAAUUUUGGGGUCCUGUUGCGAGGCGACGUUUUAGGCCAGUAGAUCGUUAGUUUGGAUCUCUGUAUUCUUUUCCAGUUUGUGCUUUCGUGAUUAUUUUUGGGUUUUAGAAGAGUCUGGCGGACUGUAGUGUUUUGGGGGUUGCUUUUUUUCGAGAAAAUUGUUUUGGGCUUCUAGAUCGGGUUGGGGAUGGCGUCUGUGAGAAUGGCGUCGCCCAGGACGCGGGAGCCGAAGAAGCCAACCCGGUUGGAGCGGACGAAGGUGAAGCCCCGCCCGCCGGCCCUGCUGCAGUCUGUGAAAUCGUUGCCGCUGGAUUACAGGUUCACCGGCGGGUCGCCUUCAUCUGCCGAGAGCAAAAAGGGCGAACCUAGAUUCGGCAGUCUGAAUGAAAAGGAGAAGAAAGAGAAGGCUACGGGGGAAGUAAAGGUGGAGGAGGAAUCGCCGUACAGUUCCAAAUCCAGUUCGCGAGAGCAUAGACCUUCAGGAGAAGCUAAGGAUCUCGAUGAUGCGAAAGGGAAUGAGGAAUCACCAUACAGCUCAACGACAACUUCUCGUGAGCAGAGAACUUCGGCAGGAGAUGAAAGAGAAGUUAGGACGUCGAGUUCAGCAACUUCUAAAAUCACGGCGAUCUCCUUAUCGAGGUCUGAUUCGAACUGGGGAGACACCAGUUCUUACGUUGCGAAAAAGAAACUUCAAGCGUGGUGCCAACUUUCAAAUGGUGAUUGGGUAUUAGGAACAAUAAUAUCAUCUUCUGGAUCAGAGUCUGUAAUAUCUCUUCCUGAUGGUGAAGUUUUAAGGCUCAACACUGAAAGUUUGUUACCUUCAAAUCCUGAAAUUCUUGAUGGUGUUGAUGAUCUCAUGCAACUUAGUUAUCUACAUGAACCAUCAGUGCUGUACAAUCUACAAUUUAGGUAUUCCAGAGAUAUGAUAUAUACUAGAGCAGGACCAGUUUUAGUUGCUAUCAAUCCAUUCAAAAAAGUUCAUCUUUAUGGAAACGAGUUCAUUGAAGCAUACAGGAAUAAAUCUGUAAACAGCCCUCAUGUUUAUGCAAUAGCUGAUAAUGCUAUCCGUGAAAUGAUACGAGAUGAAGUCAAUCAAUCAAUUAUUAUAAGUGGUGAAAGUGGAGCUGGGAAGACUGAAACUGCAAAAAUAGCAAUGCAAUAUUUGGCUGCUCUCGGUGGAGGUAGCGGCAUCGAAUAUGAAAUUCUACAGACAAAUCCUAUACUUGAAGCCUUUGGGAAUGCAAGAACAUUAAGAAAUGACAAUUCCAGUCGCUUUGGAAAACUGAUUGAAAUUCAUUUUAGUGUGACUGGAAAAAUAUCUGGUGCCUCAAUUCAAACAUUUUUACUUGAGAAGUCAAGAGUGGUACAAUGCGCAGUUGGUGAGCGAUCAUACCAUAUAUUUUAUUAUCUCUGCGCUGGUGCUCCCAAAUCUCUAAAAGCAAAACUGAAUAUGAGGAAAGUGGAUGAGUAUAAAUAUUUGAAGCAGAGCAAUCAUUAUACCAUUGCUGGGGUUGAUGAUACUGAAAUGUUCCAUCUUGUUACGAAAGCUAUGGAGGUUGUCCAUAUCAGCAAAGAAGAUCAAGAGAGCGUAUUUGCUAUGCUUGCUGCAGUGUUAUGGUUGGGUAACAUCUCUUUUACAGUGAUUGAUAAUGAAAAUCAUGUUGAAGUUGUUGCAGAUGAAGCUGCACAAACUGUUGCUAAGCUGAUCGGGUGCACUAUCUCUGCACUCAAGUUAUCCCUGUCAACGCACAAGAUGAAGGUUGGCAAUGAUAACAUUGUACAGAAACUUACACUUUCUCAGGCAAUUGAUACAAGAGAUGCCUUGGCAAAAUCCAUAUAUGCAAGUUUGUUUGGGUGGCUUGUUGAGCAGAUUAAUAAAUCCCUUGGAAUAGGCAAACGUCGCACUGGUAGAUCCAUCAGCAUUCUUGAUAUCUAUGGAUUUGAAUCUUUCGAUAAGAAUAGUUUUGAACAAUUUUGCAUCAACUAUGCUAAUGAAAGGUUGCAGCAACAUUUUAAUCGUCACUUGUUCAAGUUGGAACAAGAGGAAUACGUUCAAGAUGGCAUAGAUUGGGCAAAAGUCGACUUUGAGGAUAAUCAGGAUUGUUUAAAUCUUUUCGAGAAAAAACCCCUAGGAUUAUUGUCUCUCUUGGAUGAGGAAUCCACUUUUCCAAAUGGAACUGAUCUUACGUUUGCAAAUAAACUGAAGCAGCACCUGAAUUCUCGCCCUUGCUUCAGAGGAGAAAGGGGCAAAGCUUUCACAGUACAACAUUAUGCAGGGGAGGUUGUUUAUGAUACAACUGGGUUUUUGGAGAAGAACAGAGAUUUACUUCACAUGGAUUCCAUUCAGCUCCUUGCUUCUUGUACAUGCCCGCUUCCUCGAGAUUUUGCAUCAAAGAUGUUGUCUCAAUCUGAAAAUAUAGCAUGUAAUCCAUUUAGAUCAGGCAUUGCUGAUUCCCAGAAGUUGAGUGUUGCUUCAAAGUUUAAGGGGCAACUAUUUCAACUGAUGCAAAGGCUUGGGAAUACAACGCCUCAUUUCAUACGCUGCAUUAAACCAAACAACUCACAAAAUCCAGAAAAAUAUGAACAAGGACUUGUUCUGCAGCAGCUUAGGUGCUGUGGCGUUCUAGAAGUUGUUCGUAUCUCAAGAUCUGGUUAUCCUACCAGAAUGUCUCACCAAAAGUUUGCCAAAAGGUAUGGUUUUCUUCUUCUUGAGAGCAUUGCAUCUCAAGAUCCUUUAAGUGUCUCAGUGGCAAUACUGAAACAGUUCAACAUUCAUCCGGAGAUGUAUCAAGUUGGUUAUACUAAGUUGUUUUUCCGAACGGGACAGAUUGGCGUUCUUGAAGAAACAAGAAACCGAACUUUACAUGGAAUUUUAAGAGUGCAAAGCUGUUUUAGAGGCCAUCAAGCUCGUUGCUAUGCUAGAGAGCUCAAAAGGGGAAUUCUUACGUUGCAAUCAUUUAUUCGAGGUGAGAAGACAAGGCGAAUAUACUCUGGUUUGCUUGAUAGGCACAGAGCUGCAAUAGUAUUGCAGAGGAAUAUAAAAUCACGAGCUGCUCGCAAAAACUUUGUUAGUGUCCGUAGCGCUUCAAUAGUAAUCCAAUCUGUGAUUCGAGGCUGGCUUGUUAGGAGAUGUUCUGGUGAUAUUGCAUUACUCAAUGCAAGAAAACCUUCUGGGGAUAAAAAGGGAGGAGAAACGGAACAGGUCAUCGUGAAGGCGUCCGUUCUGGCAGAACUACAAAGAAGGAUUCUUAAAUCUGAGGCCGCACUGAGAGAUAAAGAAGAAGAAAAUGACAUACUUCACCAACGACUACAACAAUACGAGAACCGAUGGUCGGAGUAUGAGCAGAAGAUGAAAUCCAUGGAAGAAAUAUGGCAGAAGCAAAUGGUAUCCUUGCAGUCCAGCCUCUCGGCUGCAAAGAAAAGUCUUGCCAUUGAUGAUACUGCGCGGAAUUCUGAUGCCUCUGUGGACCAAAGUUGGGGCAGCGCAGACAACACCAGGUCCAGAGGACGGGAGGAGAAUGGAACACCACGGUCAGUCUCCCGAACGCUUGACAGAGACAUGAGUGCCAGCUUGAGUGUCAUCAAUCGCCUCGCAGAGGAAUUUGAUCAGCGGACACAGGUGUUUGCGGAUGACGCAAAGUUCUUGGUGGAGGUCAAGUCUGGUCAAUCAGAGGCUAGCCUGAAUCCCGAUAAGGAGUUAAGGAGGCUAAAACAAAACUUUGAGCUGUGGAAAAAGGACUUCAGCACACGGUUGCGUGAGACAAAGGUGAUCAUAAACAAGCUUGGGACCGACGAUGCUGGUUCCGACAAGGGGAAGAGGAAAUGGUGGGUGAGGUUGAAUAGUUCUAGGAUACUAUGAGCGAAUUGACUCGAUAAUAGUAUCAUACGAUUUCAUUCCGUCCCAGUGAAUUUGGAUUCAUGUUCCGCGUAGAGAACUCUGCUGUUGUGUAUUGAUGCAGAGUUGCAAAGAGUGAAUCAAGAUGGUAUUAGCAAGCUUGUAUAGAGCCAUAAAGCACCAUGUUUAUGCAUGUAUGGCCAUUUUAGGUUUAAAAUUCACUUAUAUGAACCUUCAUUGUUGUUAUUUUUAUGAUUAUUGUUUUGAAUCUUCUAAAA